AUCGGUUACGCCAUCUGCAUCAUCGGCUUCUAUAUCGCCUCCUACUACAACACCAUCAUGGCCUGGGCGCUCUACUACCUCAUCUCCUCCUUCACCGACCAGCUGCCCUGGACCAGCUGCACGAACUCCUGGAACACUGGCAACUGCACCAACUACUUCUCCGAGAACAACGUCACCUGGACGCUGCACUCGACGUCCCCCGCAGAAGAAUUUUACACGCGCCACGUCCUGCAGAUCCAUCGGUCUAAGGGACUUCAGGACCUGGGGGGGCUCAGCUGGCAGCUCACCCUCUGCAUCAUGCUGAUCUUCACUGUUAUCUACUUCAGUAUCUGGAAGGGUGUCAAAACGUCUGGCAAGGUGGUAUGGGUGACAGCCACCUUCCCUUAUAUCAUCCUCUCGGUCCUGCUGGUAAGGGGGGCCACCCUCCCCGGAGCCUGGAGGGGUGUUCUCUUUUAUUUGAAACCCAACUGGCAGAAACUCCUGGAGACAGGGGUAUGGGUAGAUGCUGCCGCUCAGAUCUUCUUCUCUCUUGGUCCUGGCUUUGGGGUCCUAUUGGCUUUCGCUAGCUACAACAAGUUCAACAACAACUGUUACCAAGAUGCCCUGGUGACCAGCGUGGUGAACUGCAUGACGAGCUUUGUUUCCGGAUUUGUCAUCUUCACGGUGCUCGGGUAUAUGGCCGAGAUGAGGAACGAGGAUGUGUCCGAGGUGGCCAAAGACGCAGGCCCCAGCCUCCUCUUCAUCACGUAUGCAGAAGCCAUAGCCAACAUGCCAGCAUCCACGUUCUUUGCCAUCAUCUUCUUCCUGAUGUUAAUCACGCUGGGCCUGGACAGCACCUUUGCAGGCUUGGAAGGGGUGAUCACAGCUGUGCUAGAUGAGUUUCCGCACAUCUGGGCCAAGCGCCGGGAGUGGUUUGUGCUUGGUGUGGUCAUUACCUGCUUCUUUGGAUCCCUGGCCACCCUGACUUUUGGAGGGGCCUACGUGGUGAAGCUGCUGGAGGAGUAUGCCACGGGGCCCGCCGUGCUCACCGUCGCCUUUAUAGAGGCUGUUGCUGUGUAUUGGUUUUAUGGCAUCACUCAGUUCUGCAGUGACGUGAAGGAAAUGCUCGGCUUCGACCCUGGGUGGUUUUGGAGGAUCUGCUGGGUAGCCAUCAGCCCUCUCUUUCUCCUGUUCAUCAUUUGCAGUUUUUUGAUGAGCCCGCCCCAGCUCCGACUUUUCCAGUAUAACUAUCCUCAGUGGAGUAUCAUCCUGGGUUACUGCAUAGGAACCUCAUCUUUCAUCUGCAUCCCCACAUAUAUAGCUUACCGGCUGAUCAUCACUCCAGGGACAUUUAAAGAGCGUAUUAUUAAAGGUAUCACUCCAGAAACAGCGACAGAAAUUCCCUAUGGGGACAUCCACUUGAAUGCCAUAUAACAAGCUUCAGUGAGGGGAAAAUGGCUUCCCAACAACCUCUUCCUCUGGUUCUGACAAGUCAUGCCUCGCCUUCUCCCCUCAGAAUGAACAAGUUUCCAGCUACGCCUG